CGCUGCCCCAAACCCCCAUCCCCUGCCCUGACCCUGCUUCCCUGAGCCUCCCAUUCCCUGCCCCAAAUCCCCCAUCCCCUGCCCCAAAUCCCCCAUCUCUUUCCCCAAAUCCCUCUCCACAAUGAUUUUGCUGAGCUGCUUCCUGCACCUGCGGCCGCGGCGCUGCGGCGCCUUGGCCGGGCUGGGCAGGGGGCUGGGCCCCUCAGCGGGGUCCCGCCGGGCUCUGCGGGUGCUGGUGGACAUGGACGGGGUGCUGGCUGACUUCGAGGGAGGCUUCCUGAAGAAAUUCAGGGCCAGGUACCCCGACAAGCCCUACAUUGCCCUGGAGGACCGGAGGGGCUUCUGGGUGUCGGAGCAGUACGGGCGCCUGGGACCCGAGCUGAGUGAGAAAGCCAUCAGCAUCUGGGAAUCCAAGAACUUCUUCAUCGAGCUGGACCCUCUCCCUGGGGCUGUGGAAGCUGUGAAGCAAAUGGCAAAUCUGGCAGACACUGAUGUGUUCAUCUGCACGAGCCCAAUCAAGAAGUACCGGUACUGCCCUUAUGAGAAGUAUGCCUGGGUGGAGAAGCACUUUGGCCCUGAAUUUCUUGAGCAGAUUGUUUUGACACGAGAUAAAACAGUGGUUUCUGCUGAUCUGCUUAUAGACGACAGACCUGAUAUAACAGGGGCAGAGCAGAACCCCACCUGGGAGCACGUGCUCUUCACUGCCUGCCACAACAAGCACCUGCAGCUGAAGCCCCCCAGCCGCCGGCUGCACUCCUGGUCUGAUGACUGGAAGGCCAUUCUGGACAGCAAACGCCUCCCACCCGGCCAGGCCACCUAAACACCAGCCCCCACGGCCACCUGGGGCUGCAGCCGCCUGCCUGUGUCCCUGUGGAGUCCUGCUGAAGGCCAGAACCACAGACAGACAGACAGACAGACGCUGUCUCUGCUGCAGAGAGGAAGAGGAGGGUGAGCUGAAGCGCCGCAGUCACCUGGACUUGAAAAAGAGACCCCAGCCCUGCCACGAGGGAGCAACAGCAGGAUUGUGCCUGUGGACCUGACAGCCUGGAUGGGGGGCAUUUCCCACUGGCUCCUGGGGUCUCUGUGCUGCAUCUGCACCCCCCACAGCCUGGGCAAGGUCACCCUCAGCGUGUCACUGCCCUUGCCUGGUGCACUGCAGGGUACAGACCAGCUCUGCAUCCUCCCCUCCACGUCAUGGUCAGGGAUCAUGUGUGUGGUUUGUUUAGUCCUUGCAAGGUUUCUUCCCAAGGGGCUGCCUCAGGAGAUCUCUCCCCCUGGCAGUGCCUGGAUCUGGGGAGAGGGGUGGCUGGAAGGGCAGGGAGAGCAGACAGGGGCUGCUCCCUGCACUGGGAAUUGUCACAAGCACGUCCAUGGAUGCUGUCUGCAGUUCUCACACACUGCAAGGGAAGAUGUUGGGAGGAUGUUGCUGUUAAAGGCUGGGGAGCUGUGCUGGUUUCAGCCAGGGUAGAGUUAAUGUUCUUCACAGAAAAUAGAGCCCCAUACGAGCUGCUGUGAAAAAAAUUAACUCUACCCUGGCCAAAAGCAGCAUGGGAGCCCAUGAGAGGUGCCCAGGAUAGUUUGUUCUGCACCUCCACCACAGUCCCAGCUCUGGAUGUCUGGGAACAGAGCAUGCUGCCAGCCCCACUCCCCUGGCUCUGGGCCCCUGCAGAGAGGUGUUCAGUGCCUGGCUGGUGCAAAGGGCUCACAGCACACACAGCUGGACCAGCCCCCUCUGCCAGGGGACAGUGCAGGGGCUGCUGAGCUCUGGGAGCAGCCAGCGCUGCUGGGAAGCUGCAGUUGGCCCCCAAAAAGGGAGGGUUUAGACCAAAGGGCAGCUCCAAGAGGGAUGGUUUUGGCACAGCUGUGCCCACAGCCUCUUCUUCCCUUGUUUGUCUCAUUUUUGCUUCUCUGAGCCCACAGCAGUCCAGCCUUGAACUUCAGCAACCUGACAGGAGAAAGCUGCUGCUGCUGCUGCUCCUAGCCUUGGCCUCAGAGAGACAUCCCAGCUGCUGGGAGAGCCUGGCAUCCCCUCCCUGCCUGUGGCACUGCCACAGGGCAGCCACAGCCUGGCUGUCCCCAGUGGGAGCUGGUGCUGGGCCACCGCAGGCCGAGCCCCAGGGUGAGCUGGGUGUGUCACUGCUGACACCACAGAGGCCAUCAGCCCCCACUGCUGUGUGUCCCCACUCUGUCCAGGAUCCCACUGCCCUCCUGGCCCAAGGACUUGCUGGCUGCAGCAGUAAAAUUCCUCACUUGGACACGUAACCCCACAGGCAGAGGUGGUAGCCAGGGCUUGGCUGGGAUUUGCCACCCUGCACCCUGUGCUCACACCUUUGCUUUGCCUCUCUGCUCUCCUGUGGACCCCCAUCAACGAAAGGACAUGAACUUGAAGCUAUAUAACCAACAAAUAAUGUAAUUCAGCAGUGGCAGCCAGACCCCUCCUGUACCCAGGGCCUGGAGGGGUUCUGGAGUUGGUGCUUUGGAACCUGUGCCUUCCCUGGGUGCUGCGGGCCAGGGAUGGGGCCUGUGUUGACUUGGGGCUUGCCCUGUUUCUGGGGAUGGGGGGAGUUUACAAAGUCAGCAUGGUUAGCCCAGGGCAGUAGAACUUACAUACCACAAGCAUCUUUUUUUUCUUUCUUUCUUUUUUUUUUUUUUUUUUAAUUUUUCUUUCCUGUUUAAACCACUGUGUGCUUCUCUAGGCGGUGGGUUUGGUUUGGAGGGGUUUAUUUAAGAUGUGCAGCUGCCUGAGGUGCAGCCCUCUGGCCAAGAGCUGGCUGGGGGGUUUGCAGGCUGGGAAGUGGGACAGUGUGGGAGCACCAUGGGCAGCUGCUGCAGCUGCUGAACAUCAGGAAACCCCUGGUUCCACCAGCCCUCCACCAGCUGUUGGCCCCUCUGUGCAGCCAGGGUGACCUCAUGGGGUCCAAGCUGUUUUUUUUUCUAAUGGUACCAUGUAAAUAUGAGCUGCCUGAGCUCCCCAGAGCCUUCUCCCUGCUUAUUGAGCCAAAAUGAGCUGGCACAUCUCUCCAGCAGCUGCCCAAAUCUGUCAUCUUCCCCCGAGGCCGGGGCAGACCCGAGGGAUGUGGCUCUCUGGGGCCAGCAGGACUUUUCCCCGUGGUGAGAUGUGAUGCCAGAGAUAAAUACACCACAUAAAAUAUACUUGAAAGCAGAGCUGGAGUUUCUCAUGCCUGAGGCUCCAGCUCCAUGUACAGAGAGCCUGAGCUGGUAGCUGCACUGUUUGCUCCCACACUCAGGACCAGGAGGUGACUCCAGGGCUGAUGGAUCUGGCCCGUUGGUCCUUCAAGCCUGUCUGUGUCCAGCUGAGAUACACAGAGCUUUUGUUUUUGAAUGUACAUCUAUAAACCUGAGGCAAAUGAGGAGCACUGCAAUAAACACUGGGUUGUUUGGCAUCCAGCUGCCUAAAAAUGGGGUUUGGGGUUUGCAGCUUCCCAGCCAUCGCUCUGGGAAAAGGGGUGGGGGGCAUUUCACCUCCAGGUUUGGGAAUGUCCCCUUGUCCAGAAAACCUGGAACCAGCCCUGCUGCCCUGGCAGUGCCAUCAGCCUGUUAGACACAGUCCCUGUGGGCAGAAAUAAAGCCAAGUGCAGGGUAGA